AUGUCAGAGUCGACCAACAAUAGUAUCUUUACCCUUCAGGAUAUUCACGGUAAAGGUAAAGGACUCGUGGCUACCAGCAAGAUUCUCAAGGGUACUCGUAUUCUCUGCGAAGAGCCCGUUAUAAGAGUUCCUGAAGAUGCGCCCGACAGUCCGGUGCUACGGGCCUCCAUACGCAGGCAGGUUGAUCAACUUACUUCAGACCAACGGCAGGCCUUUCUAUCUAUGUGCAACGUGUAUCCUGGCGAGACUGCCUCUCAAUAUCUUGGAAUCAUUCGAACUAACGCUCUUCCCAUUGACACUGGGGGCGGCAUCUUCCUUGAUGCAUGCAGCAUCAAUCACGCCUGCGAUAAUAACGCACAGAAAGCCUGGAAUGAUAACAUCGGACGACACACUAUCCAUGCUUUGCGAGAUAUCGAAAAAGGCGAAGAGAUCACCAUCACAUAUAUCGGUGUCCUGAAUAAUCGCAGAACCCGUCAAGAAGUGCUUCGAAAGAAGUUUAUGUUUACUUGCGUGUGUAGGCUUUGUUCGUUGCCAGAACAUUUGAGCGCAGAAAGCGACAGACGUCUUGAUGGGAUUCUGAGACUGGAUAGCUGCAUCGGUAGAGAGGGCCUCAUGGGAAUUCUGUCAGACCCGAAGCGGAUACUUGGAUACGUGGAUCGACAAGUCCGACUAUACAAUGAACAAGGUCCCGACGAUGUUGGCUUGCCGAGGGCCUUCUUUGAUGCCGCACAGAUUUGCGCCGCCCAUGGAGACCUCGCUAGGGCACGAGUCUUUACCGAACGGGCGGCAGCUGGAUGGCUUGUCGGAGAAGGUGACGAUAGCCUCAGAGUGCUCAAUACCAGACAGCUUGCUCGGAACCCUUCAAGCCACGAUACAUACGGGCACUCAGCGGCUUGGAGGACUGCCGCAGAUGACAUUCCUCAGGGACUGGGCUCAAACGAGUUUGAAGACUGGCUUUGGAAGAGGGAGAAAGAUUGCAAACCCGAAGAGCAGGGACUUUUUCGCAACCAAGCGACGUUCCCAAGUUUCAUCCAAUUGCCCAACGAGACAGAUGUGGAUGACAACUUCUUCAAAACUAGAGACGGGGUCAACUAUCAGCCUCGGCGACAUUGGUGCUUUUUGGCAGAGAUCACUGACUACCUAACCAUUGUUCGUCUACAAAUGGAAGUCAAGGACGUCGCCGACAAGAAAACCCAAGUUUUCUUCUAUACAGGCGGGCGUGGCAGCGAAAUAGCCCCGUCUCAGCUUUGCAAGGGGUACACCAUUGCAAUUCUCUACGCACAACAGCACGCAUUUGCCUUUUCGGAACCAGGAAUCCGUCACGAAGACCCCACGCUUGUCAAGGUAUGUCUGUCGUUCCCUAUGGACGACUUAGCUGAGGUAUCUUUCUGA